GCUCCGCCUCCGCGUAACACUUUUCCGAGGCUUCUCAUUGGAGAGAAAGCCUGUCAAGUGCUUUCUGUUGUUCCGGAGGCGGGGCCUGCUGCACUGCCUGCACUCCGAUUGGCCCCGCGGGCCGUCUACCUCCGGCCGGACAUACCUACAUGAGCUUUUUGUACGACUGUUGGCCCUGGAGGACGAUCCUUUGGUGGCGAGGGCGGGGAGGACGAAAGCGCCCACUGAGGAUUGGACGGUGUCAAAAAGAGGGGCGGUCCCUACUGAAGGGGCGGUUGGGCGACGAAGGGAGAGUCUUUUCAGCGCUGAGGACUGGCGCUGAGGAGGCGGCGGUGGCUCCCGGGGCGUUUGAGCGGGCUCACCCGAGCCCGCGGGCCAACGCGGAUCCAGGCCCGACCGGCGGGACCGCCCCGGACUCCCCGCGGGCCUUCCUAGCCGCCAUGGAGGACGGCGUCUAUGAACCCCCAGACCUGACUCCAGAGGAGCGGAUGGAGCUGGAGAACAUCCGGAGGCGGAAGCAGGAGCUGCUGGUGGAGAUUCAGCGCCUGCGGGAGGAGCUCAGUGAAGCCAUGAGCGAGGUGGAGGGGCUGGAGGCCAAUGAGGGCAGUAAGACCUUGCAGCGGAACCGGAAGAUGGCAAUGGGCAGGAAGAAGUUCAACAUGGACCCCAAGAAGGGGAUCCAGUUCUUGGUGGAGAACGAACUGCUGCAGAACACACCCGAGGAGAUUGCCCGCUUCCUGUAUAAGGGCGAGGGGCUGAACAAGACAGCCAUCGGGGACUACCUGGGGGAGAGGGAAGAGCUGAACCUGGCAGUGCUCCAUGCUUUUGUGGAUCUGCAUGAGUUCACCGACCUCAAUCUGGUGCAGGCCCUCAGGCAAUUUCUAUGGAGCUUUCGCCUCCCCGGAGAGGCCCAGAAAAUUGACCGGAUGAUGGAGGCCUUCGCCCAGCGAUACUGCCUGUGCAACCCUGGGGUUUUCCAGUCCACAGACACGUGCUAUGUGCUGUCCUUCGCCGUCAUCAUGCUCAACACCAGUCUCCACAAUCCCAAUGUCCGGGACAAGCCGGGCCUGGAGCGCUUUGUGGCCAUGAACCGGGGCAUCAACGAGGGCGGGGACCUGCCUGAGGAGCUGCUCAGGAACCUGUACGACAGCAUCCGAAAUGAGCCCUUCAAGAUUCCUGAGGAUGACGGGAAUGACCUGACUCACACCUUCUUCAACCCGGACCGGGAAGGCUGGCUCCUGAAGCUGGGAGGGGGCCGGGUGAAGACGUGGAAGCGGCGCUGGUUUAUCCUCACAGACAACUGCCUCUACUACUUUGAGUACACCACGGACAAGGAGCCCCGAGGAAUCAUCCCCCUGGAGAAUCUGAGCAUCCGGGAGGUGGACGACCCCCGGAAACCGAACUGCUUUGAACUUUACAUCCCCAACAACAAGGGGCAGCUCAUCAAAGCCUGCAAAACUGAGGCGGACGGCCGAGUGGUGGAGGGAAACCACAUGGUGUACCGGAUCUCGGCCCCCACGCAGGAGGAGAAGGACGAGUGGAUCAAGUCCAUCCAGGCGGCUGUGAGUGUGGACCCCUUCUAUGAGAUGCUGGCAGCAAGAAAGAAGCGGAUUUCAGUCAAGAAGAAGCAGGAGCAGCCCUGACCCCCUGCCCCCAACUCCAUUAUUUAUUACGGAGCUGCCCCGCCUGGGUGGCCGGACCCCUGGGCCUUGGGGCUGUGGAUCCUGGUUCCCUGUUUGGAAAAUUCACCACCUCUAGCUCCUCCCUGUUCUUUGUAAUUAAUACGCUGUUGGUAAUCUUAUUAAUUAUUUAACCACUUGG